GGCUUUUGUUUUGCAUAGAGAUGACAGCAAAUACUGACGUCUCCGAUUUUCCUUCACGUCAGCUCUUCGGGUUCUAUUUAUUCUGAGAGAAGUUCUAAAUGGAAGAAAAAUUAGCUGCGUAUCGUCGCCGAAAACGCCAAAAAGAAGCUUUAAUUAGUUUCAAGAACAAAGUCAUUGCGAUGAUACCAUUCGCUGGUGGAAAGCCCAAAGAUGACAAGGAUUCGUGUGUUGUAGAGCCUGUGCCAGACCUCCCUGCGAAACCGGAACCGGUGAGCUAUGCUGCUUCGGACACUUACUCUGAUGACUUAGAAGAGGAGCCACUCUCAGAAGAGGAGGAGGAAAAAACUCCGCAGAACAAAUGGCUCAAGUACGGGAUGUGGGUGUUGUACUUCCUGUUCUGGGCGACAUGUUAUGCGAUAGCUAUUGAACUCAAAUUUGGAAUGGUCUUCUUGCUUUUCUCCGCUUUGUUUGGAAUUUACUUCAACACUCGGACCAGGCCCAGGCGGAAGAAUGAGAUGAGCCCGUAUAGCGUUUUCAACGAAGGCUGUGAAAGUAUUGAUGGAACCUUGAAAGCGGAGCAAUUCGAGAGGGAAAUCCGUUACGGAUCAGCGAGCGUUCGAUGAUGUCGAUUGUUUGUUUUAUUUAACGAUUAUUCCAGAAUUAUUAAGGGAGCGAUAUUUUAUUAUUGUUUUUAAAAAUUUAUUAUUUUUGGGUGGAAAUUAU